CAGGAAAAGGUUACAUUGGAGUGGCAUGUGAGUUACAUAGUUUGGUGUAUGAAUGCAUUAUAUAUACAAAACCCUCUCACGUUCUUCUCUUGAAUCCGAUCCGCACGUUUCACUCUUCUAUUCACAUCCGUGUCCAAUUUGUUCUCUUCUAAUCUCUUUCCAUUCAAUUUAUUAAUCUCACUUCUCAUCAUCUUCCCCAAUUAGGCUACGCAAAAGAAGAGAGCUAGCGUGCAUCAGAUUCAAUCUCAGAAUCUUAAUUUGAGUUUUAAAUCUUGAAAAUGGAAAAGAAGGUUCUUGAUCUCGUUCUCGUUCCGUGUGGUCUCCUUGCAAUGGUAGCAUACCAUUUAUGGCUUCUUCAGAAAGUUGUGAGGCAACCCACCAAAACUGUAAUUGGUGUCAAUGCAUUCAAUCGCCGUUUAUGGGUUCAAGCUAUGAUGGAGGAUGGGAUGAAGAAUGGGGUUCUUGCAGUGCAAUCUUUAAGGAACAACAUAAUGGCGUCAACACUUUUGGCCUCCACCGCCAUAAUGCUUUCUUCACUAAUCGCCGUCUUAAUGACCAGCGGCGGAGUCUUAAUGACCAGCGGCGGAGGAGCAGCCGGCUUUGACGGCAGCUACCACGGCGGCGGCUUCAACGGCAGAAAUCCAGCAACCAUGACGGUUAUCUCUGAGGUUUUUGGUGAUAGAAGUGAAUUAUGCCUCUCCUUAAAGUUCUUCUCAAUAUUGGUAUGUUUCUUGCUUGCAUUCUUGCUCAACGUUCAAUCCAUAAGGUACUAUAGCCAUGCAAGCAUCCUCAUCAACGUCCCAUUCAAGAAACUAUCCACCAGCCUUCGCCACCAGAUGCUCACGGCGGAGUAUGUUGCCACCACCGUCAACCGGGGGAGCUACUUCUGGUCCCUCGGCUUGCGCGCCUUCUACUUCUCCUUUCCUCUCUUCAUGUGGAUCUUUGGACCUAUUCCCAUGUUUGUUUCAACUUUUGUUCUCAUUUUCAUUCUGUAUUUCUUGGAUUUUACCUUUGAGUGUGGAUGGACAGGGAUAUCUGAUCAUUCUUGUGAUGAUGUUGAAAAUGGAGAUCAUAAUCACAAUGGUGAUAUAGAAAUUGGAAAGCCUAACUAGGGAACCCAGUUUCUAUCAAGGUGUUUACAUGUUACAUUACAAAUUAAAGUUUUACUUAGUUCAGUUAUUUGUGCUAGUUUAUUAGGAUUAAGAUAUGUUUUCAAGUUUCUUCACUGUCUUAAAAAGUUAGUUUUCAAAUUAUGAGUAAAUGGCCUUUUAAGUUUCUGAUUAUUUAAUCAAAAGGACAAAACACUCAUUCACAAUUCGAAAAUUUUUAAUUGAUUUUUAACUAUUCAAAUAAUUAGUUUAAGCGGAUUCUGUAAACAGAGACUUGUUGAGGUUUCAAGAACUGCUUAGACUAGUAACAGAAAUUACUUAUAUCAAUUACUUGAAUGGUUAGAAACCGAUUAAGAAUUAUCAAGCUGUGGAGGCCAAGUAUAUGUACUACCAAAUUAGUGAGAAACUAAAAAGGAUAUCUACUACCAAAUUACUUAUUAGAUUUCUUAUGUUGAUUAGUUUCUUAUAUAGUCUAGCAGUGAAGAGAAAUUGUAACGUGGCCAACUUAUAGUGUGUUAGAAAUUUGGAAUAAUAGUAACCAUAAUAGGUUUGCUAGGAAAGUAUGGAAUUCGAGUUCAACAUAAGUUGAAUUGUGUUGCCUUUGUCUUCAAUAUUGCAUCAUGUAAACUAUUCUCUUGAAAUGAGCCCAUGUAUGUAUGUUAUAGUUAAGAACACUUGAGAAAUAUGAGUAGUACUAGCUGCUCUUUGUUGUUAGCAACAAUAUUUAUCUGAGCUGUGCUAUAUUGUC